GUAUACGUUGGCUGAAGUUGCCAAGGUAUUAUUGUUAGUGCAUGGUGUUUGUUUCAGCAGAUUGCACCGAAUUUCAGUAACUUUUGAGUCUUAAGUGUAUUAUGGACGCACAUAUUCGUCAUCAGUAGUUCUGAGAAGCGUAACAUUUAUUAGGUAAUGAUGAAUAUGCCGCCAAUGCAACAGCAGGGACCAGGAGUGAUGCCUCCAGUUCCUCAGCAACCAGGGCCUGGUACACCCCAACAAGCUCAACAGUUGCAGCCUCAAAUUCAACAACAAGCUCAAGAAAAAUUAGAUAAUAUUUCUAAAGUGAAGUCACUUAUGACUCCACUUCGAGAAUCACUUGCUUUGACAUUAAAAACGGCAGCCCAGAUUCUACACCAAAAUAGUUUAGUGGAUGUUGGAUCUUUGAAAGGUGUAGAUGUUCCUGUGCCCCGCUUUGAUAAGAACAUGGAAGAAUUUUAUUCGCUAUGUGAUCAGAUUGAAUUACAUUUGAAAACAUCAAUAGAGUGCUUGACACAGGGUGCAGCAAGCCAACGAUACCUGCCACUACCUGUUGCCCUUACUCGUACCGAUCCACUACCAAACCAAGAAGGUGCAGCAUUGACAUAUCCACAGUACCUUAAUACAGUCCGAGCUCAAGUUAGCUUUGCAAAGGAAGUUCAUGAUAUGCUGGACAGUGCAGCACAGAAUGUUGCCCCAGGAGAAUAAAUGUGCUCAGUUUUAAGGAACAUCACUCUGUCGAAACUUCAGAACUGUUCAUCAGAAUAUAAACUUCACAACUGGAAAACAAACUGCUUUGGUGAAUUAGAUUUCUUCCCAGUCACUGCUUAUUGUAUGGAUUGUGAUCUUCAGGGUUAUGAUACCAUAUAGUUUGAUAGGUAGUUACCAGUGUCAGAGAGAAACCUGCUACCUUCAUCUUAUACCCUGAAUAUGGUGGCAGUCUAUUCUUCCAAAAUGCUGGUAAUCACUUACCAGACCGCUGUGUCAUAACUCAGAGAAGACCACACUCCAUGAAAACCUUAUACCUCAUUAUUUAUUCAUUUAUUUCUUUAUGUUUUAUUUUAAGAUACUGUUGGUAUCUAGACUAUUUACUAGUGGCAUUGACUAACUAUGAAGUACAGUUAUUUGAUGAUGAUGAUGAUGAUGAUGAUGAUGAUGAUGACAGUCACCAGGAUGUUGUCCAGGGGAAGAGGGGAGCAGCCAGAAAAUUUGCUUCUUAUAAAUUUAUAUUUAAGCCAUUUAAGUACAUUUUUACUGUCAUCCUAGAGUACUGAGGAGAGGAAAAAAUAUUUUGUUUGAAUUUUAAUUUUUGGUAUUAGUAUUUGGUGUAUUUCCUCAGUUCACCUAUCUGCAUCUCCU